AUGAUUCAAUCAGAUGACGAGAUAAUAAGGUCAGUGGCUGAUAAAUGUUAUGUGGAUAAUUUGGUCACAGGAGCCGACACACUGGAGGAGGCCAUGGAGAUCUACAAAAAAGUAAGAACUUCUUUCAAUCAGCUAUCGAUGAACAUCAGGGACUGGACUUCAAACAGCAAAGAGUUUUUAGAAUCUACUCCAUCUAUACAUCAAUACAAUCAGUCGAUGGAAGUGAAAGUUCUUGGUCUAGCAUGGGACAUAGACAGUGACAAGCUAAAAUUAAACUGGACUGAGAGCCACCUGACUCAAGACUCAAUAGAUACAAAAAGGAAAGUUUUACGAGCUUUAGCCAGAAUCUAUGAUCCAUGUGGGUUCGUGUGUCCACUUGUGCUUCCCAUGAAAUUACUCUUUCAGAAGAUUUGUGAGCAAAAAUGUAAAUGGGACAGCAUAUUACCUGAAGAUAUUACACAAUCACUGAAGCAAAUCCUGGUCAAGCUCAAGGACAUCACGACGGUAAAAGUUUCUAGACAUCUCGGAGCUAUACCAUCAGACGCAUCCGCGAUAUAUGAACUACAUGGAUUUUCAGAUGCAUCAAAAGAUUCGUUUGCUGCGGUAGUGUACUUGAAAGUCAUAAGAAUAGGAGGAAGUUCAGUAUCUUUCGUGAUGGCGAAAUCGCAUGUGGCACAAAGUAAAGACAAGAAAGAAAAGUGUGUGAAUAUUCCAAGACUGGAGCUACUUGGGUUCUUGAUUACGAGCAGGUUGUUGAAGUAUGUAAAAGUAAACAUAGGCGUACACAUACAUAAGGAAUUUUUAUGGACAGACAGCCUUGUCGUACUUAGCUGGAUGCGGUCAGAUAAACUGCUCCCACCGUUUGUGUCAAAUAGAGUCGAGGAGGUCAAAAAGAAUUUACCAGAAGCAGUAUGGUACUAUAUAAAUACCAAAUCGAACCCUGCUGAUCUCGCUACGCGACCGGAAAACUGGGAACACAAAAAGGAGUUGUGGUUCAAUGGCCCAGAGUUCUUGAAGUUAGACGAAAGCUACUGGCCUAAAGACCGUCUUUAUGACAGCCAUCACAACACUCUUCUCUCUGUUGGGGAGGGUCUAGUUCAGAGUCCAGGUGAGCAAAUAAUAGAUACAACGAAAAGCUCUGAACAAGAACAACCCAACCAGGACUUGACUGAACUAGAUGCACCACCACAAGAAGUUGAGGCAACAAAUGAACUCAUGUCAAAAAUUAAAAAAUUGCAAAGUGAAUGUUUUGCUGAAGAGUUAGAGGGAAAAAGGACUCAUUUAGUCAGAAACUUGGAGUUAUUUGUGGAUGUUGAUGGUAUACUUAGAACAAGGGGUCGAAUGGGUAAUACAACGUGGAGCUAUGACAUGAAGCAUCCCAUACUUUUGCCUAAAGACGCAGAGCUCACGAGGAUGAUAAUCAAGGAAGCUCAUGAAAGUAAUUAUCACGUUGGAGCCCCUCACACACUCAGCAUUCUUCGAAAGAAAUAUUGGAUACCACAAGGGAAGGCCCAGGUGUUGAAGGUCAUUAAACAAUGUUCAAGAUGCAUAAAACAUGGAGGUGGGCCUUACAACCUUCCACCUGCACCACCACUGCCUGCGGAAAGGGUGACGUACAAUACUCCCUUUACAUAUACCGGUGCAGACUACUUUGGCCCGUUGUAUGUACUGGACUCCUCGAACAACAAGGUGAAAAGAUGGGUGGCCUUAUUUACCUGCUUGACAGUGCGAGCCAUCCAUUUAGAGGUGGUCAAAGACCUAACAGCAGAAGAAUGUCUUCUAGCCAUUAGGCGGUUCGCAGCAGCCAGAAACACGCCGAAGAAAAUAUACUCGGACAACGCCACCUAUUUCAGGCUAACCAGUGAAGUAAUGAAACAACCAUUUUGCAUCAAGAAUUGUAUCGAGUGGAAAUUCAUACCUCAGCUUGCUCCAUGGCAUGGAGGAUUUUAUGAACGCAUGGUGGGCUUAGUGAAACACUGUCUGAAGCGUACAUUAGACAAACAUUUACUCAAUGAUAGUCAACUGCUCACUAUCAUCAAAGAGGUGGAAAAUGUGGUAAAUGCAAGACCUUUAACGAAAGUUGGACCUGAGUUAGAACAUAUACUGAGCCCUUCUGACUUCUUAAGCUUCGGUAAAUGCUUGACCGUAGAUUCAGCUGCCGUGGAAAUACCGGCUACUGGCACGCAACUGAAGGUCGACCUAAUUACAAGCUGGAAAAGAGGCCUUAAGAUCCUAGAGGAAUUCAAACUUAUGUUUGUAAAUCAAUACCUAGCAAGCCUAAGGGAGAGAUAUCGCCAGGAUCCGAAGCAGCCUAGAAUUAAAUCACAGCGAGUACCUCACCAUGGAGACUAUGUUCAGUUAAAGGAAAACAGUAAGAACAGAGAUAACUGGAAAGUUGGUAAAAUCGUAGAGUUGAUCAAGGGCGCUGAUGGCGAAUGUAGAGUCGCUAAAGUCAAAGUCGACGACUCUAUUUUUACCAGGUCUAUCGGUCAUCUUUAUCCUCUUGAGGCUGAUAGUGAGGAAGGUGAUAAACCAGAGCCGGAAGCAAAUUUGGAAUCUAAAAAUAGAUAUGAAGCUCCGGUACCUGACGUGAUCGAACAAGUAAGCCGCGUAAACAGUCCCGUACAUGCCUCCGACGUAAAUUCGGAUGAAAUUCAAAGCAGUGACUAUCACCUUAUGGGGGGCGAUAACAUAAGCAAAAAAUAUGAGAUGAUCAUUGAGCCAAGUACGUCAGUUGAUGAUCGAGCAGGGGUGGUUGCUCCUGUUGAUGUCCCCAUGGACACAAGAGGAAGAGAGAAACGAGGUGCUGCUGUGCGAGCCCGGGAGAAGAUCCUGGAGUGGACCAAGCAUCUCUUCACCCUGCUGCAAUAA